AUUCCUGGAACACCUCACCAAGGAGGCGUCCAGGAGGCAUCCUAACCAGAUGCCUGAGCCACCUCAACUGGCUCCUCUCGACUUGAAGGAGCAGUAGCUCUACUCUAGUCCCUCCCAGAUGGCUGAGCUUCUCACCCUAUACAAUCUUCUGUUGCCGCUGUUAUCUAUAGAGAAAAGAAAAGCACGAGAGGUGGGAUAUCCUAACAGCUUUACUGCGACAGUUUCCGAGUGGCCCCGUUGCCAUGGCAGACCGCGAGGAGCGGCGCUUUGCUGAGGUUUCCCGGGACUCCGUCAAGCUCAUGGCAGAGAGCACCGGCGUGGAUCUUGCUGAUGAUGUAGCGGCUCUUCUUGCUGAAGAUGUGUGUUACCGCCUCAGAGAGGCAGCCCAGACAAGUUCCCAGUUCAUGAGACAUGCCAAGAGGAGGAAGCUGACGGUGGAGGACUUGAACAGAGCCCUGCGAUGGAGCCGUGUGGAGGCCGUCUGUGGUUACGGGGCGCAGGACGCUCUGCCUUUCCGAUCCGUCAAAGAGGGAGAGCUGUUCUUUGUCGAGGACCGUGAAAUUAACCUGAUAGAGCUGGCCCUGGCCACCAACAUUCCCAAAGGUUGUGCUGAGACCAUGGUGCGAGUUAAUGUGGCGUAUCUGGAUGGCAAAGGCAACGUAGAGCCUCAGGGGACAGUUCCCACCGCUGUGCAGACUCUGUCAGAUGACCUGCUCAAGUACUACCAGCAGAUCACCAGGGCCAUCCUGGGAGAUGACCCCCACCUCAUGAAGAUGGCUCUGCUCGACCUUCAGUCCAACUCAAAGAUUGCUGCUCUGCUGCCAUACUUUGUCUAUGUCAUCAGUGGAGUCAAAUCAGUAAGCCACGACCUGGAGCAGCUCAACAGGCUCCUGCACAUGGUGAAGAGCCUGGUCCAGAACCCGUACCUGUACCUGGGCUCAUACGUCCGCAGCCUGGUCUCCAGUGUCAUGUACUGCAUCCUGGAGCCACUCGCCGCCUCCAUCAACCCACUCAAUGACCACUGGACCCUCCGGGACUACGCAGCCCUGCUACUCAGCCACAUCUUCUGGACUCACGGUGAUCUAGUGAGUGGUCUCUACCACCAGAUCCUGCUCUCUCUCCAGAAGGUUCUCUCUGACCCAGUCAGGCCACUCUGCUCCCAUUACGGAGCGGUUGUGGGCCUUCACGCUCUGGGUUGGAAGGCUGUGGAAAGAGUUCUUUUCCCACACCUCCCUGCUUACUGGGCCAACCUGCAGGCUGUGCUGGACGAUUACUCAGUGUCCAACGCACAGGUCAAAGCAGAUGGACACAAGGUCUACGGAGCCAUCCUGGUGGCAGUGGAGCGUCUGCUGAAGAUGAAGGCUGUGUCUCUGUCCCAGUCAGCAGAGGGCGGAUCCAGCUGCCAGCCGGGUUCUGGAGCCGGGUCUGCGGGGUACAGGGUGGGCUCCCCAGGCCUCAGUCCUCCGUCAGAGCCUUUGUCAGAAGCCGUUCUGGGGAUUGCCAGCCACCUCCAAGCAGGCGGCGCGGGCUGCCCCUGGGAGGAGUGGUCCCCAGUCCCUCUUCCGGCGAUGUACAGUGAGCUUUACUCUUUCUUUGGGGACAGUCUGGCCGUCAGGUUUAGCACAGGACCAGGGUUUGGGAGCUAUCCCCCCUGCGCUUCGGCCUGUUUCAGGGAAGCCCGGAAGGAUCCGCUGGGCCCAGCUGCAAACACCGACACUGCCCGGAAAAUGCCGCAGCUGACCGCCAACCUCAACAUCAGCCCACGACAGGAUGGGAGCCCUCGCACCGACCCUCCCCCUCCGAGCCUAGCAGCCACAGGAGCAGGAAGGUCUCUGGCUCGCUCCUCCUCUGUACAGCGCUCCAGAUCAUCCUCAUCACGUUCGGGCCAACGCUCCGCCAGUGUUUCUCGGGAUGUUUUCCCCAAGGCUCGUUUCAUCUCGCCACAGUCAGGACCUCCAGCAUUCUCCUUUGUCAUUGGUGGACGGCAAAUGGGUCGACGGUGCCAGGGCCGCCGGCCCUUUCAGACCACGUUUUCCUCGUCCUCCUCUCUGCCUGCCAACCCGCCCCGCGCUUACGCCCAUAAGCUUCCGGUAAUUGGCCGGGUGGGGAAACCGGUGCGUCGCUGGACGUGUUCACAUUACUCGCUUUACCUGCCUCUGUAGAGAUGAGUUGCGGCAGCAGGUUGCAGUUGGUUUGGACUGCUACUGAUGUUAAUGAUUGUUGUUCUUCAUAAACUAUCAGUUGUUU